AUGCCGAUUAGGUCUAUCGACGGAUCAGUCAAGAGAAUUCCUUGUUGGAAAUCCCAAAGCAAUUAUCAGAGCUGGAUUAUCUAUCUAUCUAUCUAUCUAUCUAUCUAUCUAUCUAUCUAUCUAUCUAUCUAUCUAUCAAAGUCUGUUUAUAUGUACCUAUUUAUCUGUCGAUCUGAAUUUGUUCAUAUCUAUCUAUCUAUCUAUCUAUCUAUCUAUCUAUCUAUCUAUCAAAGUCUGUUUAUAUCUACCUAUUUAUCUGUCGAUCUGAAUUUGUUCGUAUCUAUCUAUCUAUUUAUCUAUCUAUCUAUCUAUCUAUCAAAGUCUGUUUAUAUGUACCUAUUUAUCUGUCGAUCUGAAUUUGUUCAUAUCUAUCUAUCUAUCUAUCUAUCUAUCUAUCUAUCUAUCUAUCUAAGUCUGCUCAUAUCUAUCUAUCUAUCUAUCUAUCUAUCUAUCUAUCUAUCUAUGUAUCUAUCUCGUAGAACCGCUCUCUUUCCAAAGGAACUUCAGCGACUGAACGUAGACAUAGCAGCUCUGGCAGAGACACGAUUAGCAGGAGAGGAUCAGUUAACAGAGGUAUCAUCAGGCUUCACGAUUUUCUGGGUAGGUAAACCCAGAGCUGAACAGAGGGAGGGUGGUGUUGGCUUUGCCUCUGAACAUCUCUUCUUAAUCGCAUCGAAUUUCUUUCUAGUAUUUCCACGUUCCUUUUUGGUCUGUAACAUUUCAUUAUAUUUCUUCUUUUUUUCCCCUGAUUUUCUUUCUUUCAUAUUUCUUUCUUUAACUGAGUUUUACUUUCUUUAUUUCUAUUUCCUUUAUCUAUCUUUCUAUAUACUUCAUUCUUUGUUUGAUCCUUUGCUUUUUCUAUUUUCUUCUUCGUACAUUUCUUUUUAUUUCUUUAUAUAUGUUCCUCUUUUCUCUCUUCCUUUAUUUUCUUUCUUUCUUUUUUCUUUUCCGUUUAUUUAUUCUUUUAUUUCUCUUCUAUCUUUAUUCAUGUACGACUCUUCUGUUUUCCUUUUCUUUCUUUCUUUCCUAAUUAAUUUUUUUCUCAUUCCUUUCUUUCUUUUUUUGUUUUUCCGUAUAUUAAUUAUUUUAUUUCUAUUCUUUCUUUAUUCAUGUGUGUCUUUUCUGUCUUCCUUUAUUUUAUUUUCUCUCUCUCCCUCUCUCUCUCUCUCUCUGUUUAUUUCUGUCUCUCUCUUUUUAUGUUUUUCUGUAUAA